UUCAUUUGCCGUUUGACGUGAAUUCCCUGGCUUUGACUUAAUAAAAGGAAAAUAUUUUGAGUUUAUAACAGAAGUUAUAUUAAAGUUGAUUGGAGAAAGUUUUGCAGUGCAUGUGCCAACGAUUUCGUGCGUGUUUUCGUCGAGUUCAGUCGUGUAUAGAUCUGUGAAUAGGUGUGAAAAAAAGUAUUCGUUCACACUAUGGCCGAUCCAGUAGAAAUGCGUAUGAGUGUAACAUCAAUAAAACGUGUGGAUCCAUAUGUUAAAGAAAUACUGGCGAAAUCAACACAUGUAGCCUUGUACAAGUUCAACCCUUCAAUCAAUGAGUGGGAGAAGACGGACACGGAAGGCGCUCUCUUUCUGUAUAGUAGAAAUGGAGAGCCAUACCACAGUAUUAUGGUGAUGAACCGAUUGAACACAGAGAAUCUGAUUGAGCCCAUCGUGAAGGAGUUUGAGUAUCAGAUGCAGGCACCGUUUCUGCUAUACAGGAACUCAAAGAGUAAAAUCUUUGGGAUAUGGUUUUACAAUCGCGAUGAGUGUGUCAGCCUAACAUUAAUCCUAGAGACAGUGAUGGAAACUGUGAAGGAGAAGAAUAUAGAUAAAAAUAAGAAGGCUGAUGGUGUUGAUAUCUUCGGUUUGUUAAGCAGAGCUCAAGAAGAUUAUAAUAAGACUCCAAUUAAGCAAGAGAGCCAUCCACAGUUUUCGACGCCGAGGGCACCAGAUGUAACCUCGCAGAGUGUGAUGGAUUUCUUUGCAAAGGCCGGAACAAAAUCAGCUGCCAAACCAGUGCACACCCCCGAAUCAGAGAUCCAAUUUACUUUACAAAAACUUAUGAAUAAUCCUGCUCACAGUGUCGAGCACAUUGAAAAACAACAGAGGUCCAUAACACCACAGAAGAACCACAAAGAGAAUGGUAUGAAUUUCAUUCGAGUGUCUUCACCGAAGCCAACUAGUAGUUCACCACUGGCCACUUUCCUCGGGCAGAAGGUUAAGGAGGACAGGGACCCAGUGACAUCCCCGAUGACCAACCUCAUGGAUUCAGGCCCAGCUGCAAAGCCACCAGCUCUGAUGGCGCCAAUCAUGUUCGCUUCGUGCGCAUCGAAGCCCGAUGAGCCAGAGUGCAGCAGCAGUCUGCAACCUGUUGAGCCCCUCACCAAGAAUCAGAUGCUGCAAGCUGUAACUUAUUUAUUGAAAAACGAUUCAGAUUUUGUAACUAAAAUUCACGAGGCUUACGUGAGAUCCAUGACGGAAAAGGUUAAUUGCUCCUCAUCUCUGAAUUUAAAUUAAAAGUUACUAAAACGUGCUACUAUUUCAUGAAGUAUGCUUGUGAUAUGAUUUUGUUUUAAACUUAUGACAAACAUAUAACCGUGUGUAGAAUUUCAGCUAAAAUGCAAAAGAAAAAAAAAUACGAAACGAAAAGAAAAUAAACAGUUAAGUUUAACUAGUUAUAAGAAAGAAAUAUUGAAAAAAAAAAAUACAUAAGUUAUAAACGAAACGGACGUAGCUUAAGUCCAGCGGAGAAUGAAAGUUUUAAAUGAUUAUUUGUUCUUUUACAUAAAUUGUAGCUACAUAUAUAUUUUUUUAAAAAUAAUAAUUUAUCUUGCGAUCUAAGGUAAAACAAGAAAAACAACAAAGAAAAGAAACAAAACCCAGUGGUUGACUAAGGAUUGUGGACGCGCUGUGUUUUUUAAUGUAUUUUAUUUGUUUUUAUAAGUUAUAUUUUUUCUCUGAUUUCCUACUUUUAAUUGAUUUUUGAUUGACUAUAAUGGACCGCUCUAGAUCCAUAUAUAUUUUGCGCGGCGAUCAACCGCAAUGCGCAAAGUAUAUUGAAUCGCAGGUGGCGCUAUUAUUAAUUGUCGUUAUUAUUAUUAUUAUUAAUUCUUCCCUCGCCCCCCCUUCAUCAUCCCUUUUUUCCCUCCAUUUAUUGACUUCCUUCUUGUAACUAUGAUUGAUUAUUAUUAUAUGAAUCGUAAUAUAUAUAUUAUAUAGUGAUACAAAGACGUUGUAAUAUUCUAGACAUUUAUUUUUCGAAAGUGUAGUCGACUUCAAUAUUU